CUGCUAAAAAAUGUUUCUUUCCUUAUGCGAAACCUUCUGCAGAAUCCAAACCCUAAUGCAUCACUCAUUCCACUCGCUGCUUCGACUCGGUCUCCACUCAGACUCUACUCGUCCGACUCAAGCGACUCCUCUAAUGACCAAGACCUCCCUGCCUCCGCUGCUGAAUCCACAUUGGCAGCUCAAACCCAGGAGAAGGACGUGUCUCUCGAUGUUCAGGAUGUGGGUAAUACAGACCUGAGAAACAAGUUAGCCUGGAUCCUAGAGGACGCGAUUAUUAAAUAUGGGUUGGCCAGAGAUGGUGAAUCAGAUGGAGAAUCAGAUGAUGAAUCAGAUGGUGAAUCAGAUGGUGAAUCAGAUUAUCAAGCAAAUUAUCAAUCAGAUGGUGAACGAUGGGUUUACCGGAGCCAAAAACAGAUGCUUUGCGAUUUGGUUCGGCGGGGCCAUAUUCGAAACCCAGCAGAAAAAUGGCUUAGAGAUGUGGUUCGGCGGGGGCAUCUUGAUAUUCAUGAAAUCCCAGAACCAGGUGACUAUGAAUUAGUUGAUGAAUCAGAUGAAUCAGAUAAGGAUUAUCAAUCUACUGGAAAAUGAGAUGCUUUGCGAUUUGGUUCGGUGAACCAAUGGCUUAGA